AUGGAGAAUAUGAAGCGUUCCACUGGGCGCAGUAGUGGCUCGGUCAGAAGUGUGCUGAGUUCGUAUGUGCUGGUGUUGUUGAUGGUGGUCUCCACGAUCAUAGUGUGCCAACUCAGGGUCAACUCGCUUCAGCCGAAACUCAAGGAAAUAGAGGACCUCAUGCGGGAAAAUAAGCUCGCAGAGGAAGUGGCGCAUGCGCGUCGUGAUCGUCGCGGAGCAACUGACGUCAUCGAAGACUUCAGCCCUCCGUUUGACGGCGGCCUGUCAGGAGGAGCCAUGUUCACUCACUGGGGCAGACACGCAUGCGCAGAAGACCUGGAAACUGUCUAUGCCGGAAAAGUGGGUGGUUCCGAUCACAACAAACAUGGCGGCGGGUCCAACUACCUCUGCGUGCCGACCUUGAACGUGACGUGGGACCACUACGUCGAUGGGCCCAACAGUAAAACCUUCCUGUACGGAGCAGAGUUCGAGAACCCCGGGACUGGAUUCUUCUCUACCGACAAUACGCAGGCGAUAGAGUCGAUUCAAGACUACGACGUACCGUGCGCAGUUUGCCGAGUGCCGACCCGUAGGUCUGUCUUGACUAUCCCAGCCUGGACUAGCUGCCCUAGCGGCUGGACGCAGCAGUACAGGGGCUAUCUCAUGGCCGGGCACGAGAGUCACAAGGGUCGAAACAAGUUCGAGUGUGUUGACCGAGCUCCGGACAUCUUCAAGGGGACGUACGAAAACAAGAACGGCGCGCUGUUCUAUCUGGUGGAGGGAGUCUGUGGUUCCCUCCCAUGCGGUCCCUACAUCGCCAAUCGCCAGAUAACCUGUGUCGUUUGUUCGAUUUAAAUCUUAUGAAAUAAGCACCAAAAUGUAGCUAAUAUUGUUAUUGAAAUGUAUCCUAGGUCACUUAAACGUAGGUCAAUGGAUUUGAAAAUGUGAGCUUUUCGUUUUGUGAAUUAUUUCUCACA